GGCAAACGCCGCGGUCUGGUUGCAUUGGCCUUCGAGAUGGGCAGAUGGGCGGCUCCUUCAUGCCAUGGGCACCGCAGAGGCAUUGGCUCUGAUCCUUCAACGCUGUCGCAGGGUUCCUGAGGCUUAGAGACGGAGGUCACCUCCUGAGUCAUACACAGCUGAGGCAUCAGUGACGGGAGAGGACCCCAACUCCGUGGACACCAGAGCCCAGGGCGCCGGAAAAAGCCAUUUCGCGUGCCUCCAGGGCCCGCCCGCUGCCAGCUGUCGCCGACAUGGAACCCGUGGCCAGCAACAUCCAGGUCCUGCUGCAGGCGGCCGAGUUCCUGGAGCGCCGUGAGAGAGAGGCCGAGCAUGGUUAUGCGUCCCUGUGCCCGCAUCGCAGUCCAGGCCCCAUCCACAGGAGGAAGAAGCGACCCCCCCAGGCUCCUGGCGCGCAGGACAGCGGGCGGUGAGGAGGCCCGGGGCGGCGGGAGUGGGGCUGGGGGUGGGUGCCGCCCCCGGUCGGGCCCUCCUCUGCCCACUUGUUCCUUGCAUCUUUUGGGCCAGGUGUCCUGCUCCAGGAAGCGUUCAGACCCCUCCUGCCAUCUCCCCACUCUCCAAACACACUCACACCUUUCUAUUCAUUCAAGGACUAUUUCUUGAGCACCUCUAGAUGUGCCAGGAACUGCGAACAGCAGUUGGGGUCCCGCUUCCACUCGCACUCCGCACUCCCGCAUGCCACACAUCAGGCCACUCACCUCCCCCGCUGGCUUCCUCCUUUUCUCUCCUCUCCCCAGCCCUUUGCAUAUGCUGUUCCCUCCUAUUUGAAUGCCUCUCCCUCCACUACCGGCUUGGGAAACAUCUAUUUCUGCAUUUAGCUGUCACCUCUGUCUGGGAAGUCCUUGCUGACCAGGGGCCCUUGUUAAGACCCCCAUACCCACCUGGGCAGGCUUCUGUUAAGCAUUUGGCUCCGCGUGUCUUUAACUCCCCUCGCCCUGCCAGGGGACUCUGGUGUCUGAGGCCAGCAUGAGGUCUCCACAGGGGACUUGUUUGGGGCAGACAUAUGUAGUGGCUCUUGAGCCACUGGGGGCCCUGGGAUUGGGGCACGGGCGGUGGCUGAUUCCCCUUCACCCCGUACUCUCUGGCAUUGGCAGGUCAGUGCACAAUGAACUGGAGAAGCGCAGGUGAGUCCCAGUCCCACCCUGACAGUGCCAGCCCCCAGGGGCCACUGCCCUUUGGCCUUCCCUCCCCUGCCAUUCCUGUGGCCAGCAAGGUGGGGCUGGCACUGCCCUCCAGACCUCUUCCCCACAGGAGGGCCCAGUUGAAGCGGUGCCUGGAGCGGCUGAAGCAGCAAAUGCCCCUGGGGGCCGACUGUGCCCGAUACACCACGCUGAGCCUGCUGCGCCGCGCCAGGAUGCACAUCCAGAAGCUGGAGGAUCAGGAGCAGCGGGCCCGACAGCUCAAGGAGAGGCUGCGCAGCAAGCAGCAGAGCCUGCAGCGGCAGUUGGAGCAGCUCCGGGGGCUGGCAGGGGCGGCCGAGCGGGAGCGGCUGCGGGCGGACAGCCUGGACUCCUCAGGCCUCUCCUCUGAGCGCUCAGACUCAGACCAAGAGGAGCUGGAGGUGGAUGUGGAGAGCCUGGUGUUUGGGGGUGAGGCCGAGCUGCUGCGGGGCUUCGUCGCCGGCCAGGAGCACAGCUACUCGCACGGUGGCGGCGUCUGGCUAUGAUAUCCUCACCUAGGGCGGGCCCUCUGCCCGUGCCAGGCCCACUUGCCAGGCACGAGCCCUCCCCAAGCCUUCAGGGCUGCUCGGAGUCACCUGUUGGAAUGGACUAAAAGGACCCUUGUGUGGGAACAGGUGCUCCCCAAACACACACCCUGCUGCCGGCUGCCAGGCAGGCCCUCUGGAAGGGAAGGGGCAGGACUCGCCAGGACCUCCCUGGACCCCUGCAGGGCAGGCAGCUUGGGCCUGAGCCCAAGCACUUGGCUCUGCUGCCCCCAAAGGGACAGGAAGCCUCUUGGGCCUCUUCCCUUCCUGGACAAGGCCCCCCGGCCUUUGCCUCACAGAAACUGUACAGUAUUUUCAUUAAAAGCCUCUUUCAUAACUUCC